GUGCUCUGUCAAGACCAUUUGCUUACUAGCGUGAUUGUCGCGUACACCUCCAACCUUCAGUCAAAGCUAGUAUCAAGUUUACUCAGCCAGCGAAACGAUUUCUUUCAGCUCUAGAUUCUGGCACGAUGUAUCGAGCGGGUCGUGUUGUGAGUGCCAUCUCCAGCUUGACACGACAACAAGCAAGCAAUAAUAACAGAAGCGUGAUUCUCGCAAUUCAAAAAAGCUACUCAUCAGAUACAACACAUUUUGAUAAACUUUUUCCAAAACAUGACACUUUUGCUGAACGCCACAUUGGACCCGUCGAGGCGGAAAAGGAAGCAAUGUUGGAUGCCGUGGGUGUACAAUCAAUGGCUGAGCUUAUCACCAAGACAGUUCAAGCCAAUAUCCGCCUCAAUAGAGACCUGAGGCUUGAGGAGGAACUAGGUGAGCAUGAGCUGAUUGUGAGACUGACUGAGAUGGCGGAGAAGAACCAAGUGUGGCGCAGCUACAUUGGCAUUGGCUACUACAACACCUACACACCCUACACCAUACUGAGGAACAUCUUCGAGAACCCAGGAUGGGUGACCCAGUACACACCUUACCAGGCAGAGCUAGCCCAGGGCCGCCUGGAGAGUCUCCUCAACUACCAGACAAUGGUGUGUGACAUGACAGCACUCCCCAUCUCCAACGCUUCACUCCUGGAUGAGGCUACAGCCGCAGCUGAAGCCAUGUCUGUGUGCUACAGACAAAACAAGAGGAGGCGAUUCUACAUUGACAACAAAUGUCACCCCCAAAAUAUUGCAGUUGUGGAAACCAGGGCACAUGCAUUGGGAAUUGACAUUGUACGAAGCAACUGGCAAGAGAUGGACUUCAGUGGGCAGGAUUUCAGUGGUGUCCUCAUCCAAUAUCCCAACACAGACGGCAGCAUCGAGGACUAUGCUCAGCUUGUUGCAACUGCUCAUGCUCACGGGACCCUGGUGGUGUGUGCUACCGACCUUCUGGCCCUCACUAUACUCCGACCCCCGGGGGAGCUGGAGAUGGACAUUGCUGUGGGAACCACCCAGAGGUUCGGCAUCCCCCUGGGGUAUGGUGGGCCCCACGCUGGCUUCUUUGCCUGUAAGGGAUCCUUCAUGAGGAUGAUGCCUGGCCGGAUGAUUGGAGUUACCAGAGACUCAAGUGGCCGUGAUGCUCUGAGACUCGCCCUGCAGACGCGGGAACAGCACAUCAGGAGGGACAAGGCCACCAGCAACAUCUGCACAGCACAGGCUCUGUUGGCCAACAUGUCUGCCAUGUAUGCUGUUUACCAUGGAGCUGAUGGACUGCGCCACAUUGGAAGCCGAGUGCAUCAUGGUUCACUCAUACUGGCUGAAGGUAUCAAGCUGGCAGAUCAUGCUCUUUCCUCUGAAGCCUUUUUUGACACUGUCAAAUUUCUACCUUCGCGGGGCCAGGAUCUGAUUCGUGAGAAAGCUGAAGCGAAACAGAUCAAUCUUCGAUACUACAGUGACGGCCAUGUUGGGAUAUCCUUAGAUGAGACUGUGGAGAGAGAUGAUCUGUCUGACAUGCUGCAAGUUGUUGGGUCGCCAAAGUCAGCGGAGGAGAUAAGUGACCUGCUCGGCACCAACCCCAACACCAGCCUCCACAACAGCCAUCAUCGGAGGACGAGCGACUUCCUCACUCACUCCGUCUUCAAGAGGUACCAAUCUGAGACGAACAUCGUGCGCUACAUGAAGCAGCUGGAGAACAAAGACCUGUCCCUCGUCCACUCCAUGAUCCCCCUUGGGUCCUGCACCAUGAAGCUCAACAGCACCACUGAGAUGAUGCCCUGUUCAUGGAAGGAGUUUGCCUGCAUCCACCCAUUUGUCCCUCAAGAGCAGACACUCGGCUACCAGCAGAUGUUCGAAGAACUUGAGGCUGACUUGUGUGAGAUCACAGGCUAUGACAAGAUUUCAUUUCAGCCAAACAGUGGAGCACAAGGAGAGUAUGCAGGUCUCAGGGCUAUCAUGGCUUACUUGAAGGACCAGGGAGAAGUUCAGAGAAAUGUUUGUCUGAUCCCAGUGUCGGCCCAUGGCACCAACCCUGCCAGUGCCCAGAUGGCCGGCAUGAAGAUCCAGCCCAUCAACGUGGACAAGGACGGACAUGUGGACAUGAAGCACUUGGAUGAUAUGAUUGCGAAGCACAGUGACAGCCUUGCCUGCCUGAUGAUCACCUACCCCUCAACACAUGGAGUCUUCGACAAGGACAUCAGAGUGAUCUGUGACAUGAUCCACCACUACGGGGGCCAGGUGUAUCUGGAUGGAGCCAACAUGAAUGCACAGGUUGGUAUCUGUCGUCCUGGUGACUAUGGCUCUGAUGUGUCCCAUCUGAACCUUCACAAGACCUUCUGCAUCCCCCACGGAGGAGGGGGACCAGGAAUGGGACCUAUCGGAGUGAAGAAGCACCUUGCCCCAUACCUACCUACACAUCCCAUAAUACCUCCUUAUGGCACUACCGGUCCAGAGGCGCAGUCAUUUGGCGUGGUAUCAGCAGCCCCCUUUGGCUCCAGUGCAAUCCUCCCCAUCUCCUGGGCCUACAUCAAGAUGAUGGGGGCGGAGGGCCUGCGCCAUGCUUCAGAGGUUGCCAUCCUCAACGCCAACUACAUGAGCCGGAGAUUAAAUGGCCAUUAUAAGACUCUGUAUACAAAUGAUGAAGGCUAUGUUGCCCAUGAAUUCAUCAUUGACUGUCGAGAGUUCAAGAAGAAUUCCAACAUAGAAGUGGUGGACAUAGCCAAGAGACUACAGGACUAUGGCUUCCACUCUCCGACCAUGUCAUGGCCGGUUGCUGGGACGCUGAUGAUUGAGCCAACAGAGUCCGAAGACAAGGGCGAGCUAGACCGACUAUGUGACGCUCUCAUUGCAAUCAGGAUGGAAAUUCAUGACAUCGAGACUGGCAAACUAGACAUGAAAGUCAACCCACUGAAGAUGUCCCCCCACACCCAGGCCGAUGUGAUGUCCUCCAACUGGGACCGCCCCUACACCCGGGAACAGGCAGCCUUCCCUGCACAAUUUGUUCGUCCGGAGACCAAGUUCUGGCCCACUGUUGGCCGCAUCGACGACAUAUAUGGCGACCAAAACGUGGUCUGCACAUGUCCACCCAUGGAAGCAUAUGAGUCACCAUUUGCAGACACAAAGAGCGUGCAAAGGAGUUCAAACUGAACUAAACUGAUCUGUUAAGACUCCACACUGUUAUGCCACGCCAUUUCUUGUUUUCUGGGAUAAGCUGCCCUUAAGUAAUAAGAAAAAAACUAUAAAUAUUGUGAUUGAAAAUAUACAUUCUCUUGUAGAACAUUUAUAUUUCAAAAUUAUCAACAUUUGAAUGAAAUUCACCUGACAAAAAAUAAAAUAAUGUUGUCUCCAUCUUGGAAAGAAUAUUCAUAAAACAAGAUGGUGGUACAAGCAGUGUAUAAACUAUAGACGUUCUUACUCAGUGUUUGGUGGCAAUACACUGACUAGAGAUGUAGCGGACAUAAUGAAUUCAGCAGUUAACACAAAAUGACAAUUUCAUUUUAUUACAUAGCUGCCAUGUUUAUUGUAGAACAGUAAUACCUCCUGUAGAUGAGGGGCACGGGUGGCCAAGUCGUCUAAGGCGCUGCAAUUCGCUGUGCAGAGUUGCGUCCCUCGGGUACGCCAGAAUCCCGGUUCGCCCCGAUUAUGUUUCUAGGUUUGUCGGCACCAUACCCGU